UCAUUUAGCAUACCAUCACCCAAUCGCCUGAAGAACUUACCAUACACCUUACUCCAAUCUCUACAUUCCCAGUUCUCUCUGUUUCUCUCACAUUUCUCCUUUUGCCUGUCCCGAUUCAGCUCAAAAUCGCCGAUUCAUAGAAGCUAAUCGGCCAUCUGAUCGCCAAUGGCACCCAUUAGGGGUAUUUUAAACUUGCAAAGAAGUGCGUUGAUUCGGCGUCAAAGUGAUAGGUUGGAUGUAGGCAUCAGAUCAUUCAGUUCCCAAGCUACAACAAAUGUCACUACCCCGCCGCCCCCUCCUCCACCUCCGGAGAAAACGCAUUUUGGUGGCUUGAAAGAUGAGGAUCGGAUUUUUACUAACUUGUAUGGGUUGCAUGAUAUUUUUCUUAAAGGUGCUAUGAAACGGGGUGAUUGGUAUAGAACUAAGGAUUUGGUGCUCAAGGGUGCUGAUUGGAUUGUUAAUGAAGUGAAGAAGUCGGGGCUUCGUGGACGUGGUGGUGCUGGUUUUCCAUCUGGGCUUAAGUGGUCGUUUAUGCCAAAAGUGUCUGAUGGACGUCCCUCUUAUCUUGUUGUUAAUGCUGAUGAGAGUGAGCCUGGAACUUGUAAAGAUAGGGAAAUUAUGAGGCACGAUCCGCAUAAGCUAUUGGAAGGCUGUUUAAUUGCUGGGGUGGGAAUGAGAGCGUCUGCCGCUUAUAUUUAUAUUAGGGGUGAAUAUGUGAAUGAACGUAUUAACCUGGAAAAGGCACGACUGGAAGCUUAUGAAGCUGGGUUGUUAGGCAAGAAUGCAUGUGGAUCUGGCUAUGAUUUUGAUGUUCAUAUUCACUAUGGUGCUGGUGCUUAUAUCUGUGGUGAAGAGACUGCACUUUUAGAAAGUCUAGAAGGAAAACAAGGGAAACCAAGGUUGAAGCCUCCCUUUCCUGCUAAUGUAGGAUUGUAUGGCUGUCCUACUACAGUUACAAAUGUGGAAACAGUGGCUGUCUCUCCUACCAUUUUAAGGCGUGGACCAGAGUGGUUUGCUAGUUUUGGCCGGAAGAACAAUUCUGGGACAAAAUUGUUUUGUGUGUCAGGCCAUGUGAAUAAGCCUUGCACAGUUGAAGAGGAAAUGAGUAUACCACUAAAAGAGUUAAUAGAAAAGCAUUGUGGAGGAGUUAGAGGUGGAUGGGACAAUCUGCUUGCUGUGAUACCAGGGGGGUCUUCUGUUCCUUUGCUUCCAAAGAACAUAUGUGAUGAUGUUCUCAUGGAUUAUGAUGCCCUCAAGGCUGUACAGUCAGGACUGGGGACUGCUGCUGUGAUCGUGAUGGACAAAUCUACUGAUGUGGUGGAUGCAAUUGCUAGGCUGUCUUACUUCUAUAAGCAUGAGAGUUGUGGACAGUGCACACCAUGCAGGGAGGGGACGCCAUGGCUUUGGAUGAUAAUGGAAAGGAUGAAAGUUGGAAAUGCAAAGUUGGAAGAGAUAGAUAUGCUUCAAGAAGUCACAAAACAGAUUGAAGGGCACACUAUUUGUGCUUUGGGUGAUGCUGCAGCUUGGCCCGUGCAGGGUCUCAUAAGGCAUUUUAGGCCAGAACUCGAGAGAAGGAUUAAGGAGCGAGCAGAGAGGGAGCUGCUGGAGGCUGCUGCUUAAGGAUUUUUACAGGAAAAUGGCAGCUGUGGUGGAUAUUGUGGAAUAAGUCGAGUACACUGUUAGUAUGGCCGAUCUUUGACUCUGGCUUUAUGAGUUCUUUUAUAUGUUUUUGAAGCUGUAUCAAAUGACUUAGUCUUACUGCCUAGAGAAACCAUGAAUUUUUCUGGGAAUCGUCAAUAUCUUGUUAGUUAAAUGUGUUUUUAAAAUCUCUAAACAUUAUUUAGAGAGGAUCAAACAUGGAAGAAGCAUUGUUAAUAAUUUCCUAUUUAUUUCAUAAUAACAUGAACAAAUUUUUGGGUUUCCAAUAAAA